AUGCACAAUUCCCUCUGGGACACAAGGACCAUCUCCUAUGCAGGAUGUGUUGCACAGGCCUUUCUGCUUGUCAUCUUUCUUGGAGCAGAGGUUUUCCUCCUCACCAUCAUGUGCUACGACCGCUACGUUGCCAUCUGCAAACCCCUGCACUACGGAACCCUCCUGGGCAGCAGAGCUUGUGCCCACAUGGCAGCAGCUGCCUGGGCUACUGCAUUUCUGAAUGCUCUGCUGCACACAGCCAAUACAUUUUCCCUGCCCCUGUGCCAGGGCAAUGCCCUGGGCCUGUUCUUCUGUGAAAUCCCACACAUCCUCAAACUCUCCUGCUCACAGUCAGGUUACCGCAGGGAAAUUGGGCUCAUUGUGGUUAGUUGCUGUUUAUCACUUGGUUGUUUUGUUUUCAUAGUUUUCUCCUAUGUGCAGAUCUUCAGGGCUGUGCUGAGGAUCCCCUCUCAGCAGGGAAGGCACAAAGCCUUUUCCACGUGCCUCCCUCACCUGGCUGUGGUCUCCCUGUUUAUCAGGACUGGCACAUUUGCCCACCUGAAGCCCCCCUCCAUCUCCUCCCCAUCCCUGGAUCUGGUGGUUUCAGUUCUGUACUCGGUGGUGCCUCCAGCACUGAACCCCCUCAUCUACAGCCUCAGGAACCAGGAGCUCAAGGAUGCCAUAAGGAAAUUGAUAACUGGAUGUUUUUCACACGCAAUCAACUCUCCUUCUUCUGCAUGUUAUGUACCUCAUUAA